AUGAACGAGAAAAGGUUUGUUGAUCACGAUACUUCAGUUGAGGAUUACGUGGAAAGUCUCGAAAACAGGAAUACGAAAGAGAAAACGAAACGAGAUGUGAAAUUGCUGGAAACGUUUUUGAGAAACGAAAAGAACGACGAGCGAGAAGUGCAAGACAUAGAGCCCGCAGAAUUAAACAAGCACCUUGCGGAGUUUAUUCGUUCUGUGAGACGUAAAGACGGAGAGGAUUAUGAGCCUUCAAGUUUAAGAUGCCUUGUUUCAAGUAUUGAAAGACAUUUGAAGAAAAAUAAUUAUACUGAGAGUAUCAUUAACGAUAAAGAAUUUGAAUUGUUUAGAAAGUGUUUACACGCUAAACAAAAAGAGCUGAAGAAAGCAGGCCGAGGCAACAAGGACAAAGCCGCUGUGGCUAUCACGGGCGAAGAAGUCGAUAUACUUCACGAAAACAAUUUGCUUGGAGUUUCUUCUGCUGAAUCAUUGUUGAAUACUGUUUGGCUGAACAACACCAUUCAUUUUGGAAUGCGUGGUUGUCAAGAGCAUAGGGAUUUGUGCUGGGGAGAUGUAAAGCUUUGUAAGGACGCACAAGGUAACGACUAUCUAGUUUACAAUGAAAGACAGACAAAAACAAGGUCUGGAGUAGACGCCUCAAACGUUCGAAAAGUUUCCCCGAAAAUGUUUUCAACUGGUGAUAAACGAGAUCCUGUCGUGGCGUACAAAAUUUACCGUGAAAAGCGACCGGAAAACAUGAUGGCUGACGAUUCGCCAUUCUACUUGGGAAUAAACCACACGAAAACAGACAGCUCCAAAAAACACUGGUUCAAGUCGGCACCUAUGGGUGUAAAUAAAUUAAACACUUUGAUGAAAACAAUGGCUUCAAAAGCAAACAUCAACAACGAGCGACUCACGAACCAUAGUGCUCGUAAACACAUGAUUCAAAAACUUAAUGACAGUGAAAUUCCGCCAACGCAUAUAAUGCAGUGGGCACAAGAACGUGGAAAGCAUAACAAACUAUAG